UUAUUCAAAAAAACAUCCAUACACUCCACCAGACACUCUCUCCCUCAAUCUUUCUCUCUCUCUUUCUCUCUUUCUCUCUUUCUCUCUCCCCCUCAAAAUAUAUAGAAAAAUAAAAUUAAAUUAAGUUCAAAAAAGAAAAAAAAUCAAAAAUCGAGAAAGUAGAAAGCUUGAUCAGAUCAGAAACAGUUCGCAGUUUCCUGCGUUUAAUUUUUUUUUUUGGCUUUGAAGUUCUUAAUCAAAAGCCGAAGAUUGAAAGGAAAAAAAAUGCGCUUGAUCUGUUUUCAGUUUCGUUCCGAACAGUUCCGAGAAGAUAGGUGUUUGGACGGGCUGGGCAGCUGCACUACAGAGUAUUUGGUGGAUAGCAAAUACUAGAAACUUGAACAUUUACCUGGCUGAGUUAUGGCAUCAGCAAGCCUAGGAAAUGGAGGAGUAGGUAGUUCCAGGUCUGUCAAUGGUUUCAAAAGUUCAUCCAGUUCAGUUGAUUGGCUGGGGAGAGAAAUGCUUGAUAUGAGAUUGAGGGACAAGGUGGACCAUGAUGAAGACAGAGAUAGUGAACCAGAUGUAGUUGAUGGAGUGGGUGCUGAAACUGGGCAUGUGAUAAGAACUACCAUUGGCGGUCGAAAUGGUCAAUCAAAGCAGAAUGUCAGUUAUAUUGCUGAGCAUGUGGUUGGAACUGGUUCCUUCGGUGUUGUUUUCCAAGCAAAAUGUCGGGAAACUGGAGAAAUUGUUGCCAUCAAGAAGGUUCUUCAAGACAAGCGCUACAAGAAUAGAGAGUUGCAGAUAAUGCAAAUGCUAGACCAUCCAAAUAUUGUGUCCCUUAAGCAUUAUUUUUUCUCAAAAACAGACAAGGAAGAACUCUACCUUAAUCUCGUACUUGAGUAUGUUCCUGAAACUGUUAAUCGUACAGCAAGAUCCUACAGCAGGAUCAACACGCGAAUGCCUUUAAUAUAUGUUAAACUCUAUACCUAUCAGAUUUGCAGAGCACUUGCCUAUAUACACAACUGUAUUGGUAUAUGUCACCGCGACAUCAAACCUCAGAACUUACUUGUGAAUCCACAUACACAUCAGCUGAAACUUUGUGAUUUUGGGAGUGCAAAAGUGCUGGUGAAGGGAGAACCAAAUGUUUCUUACAUCUGCUCGAGAUAUUAUCGUGCUCCAGAACUCAUAUUUGGUGCUACUGAAUACACAACUGCUAUAGAUAUAUGGUCUACUGGUUGUGUGAUGGCUGAACUGCUUCUUGGACAGCCAUUAUUUCCUGGUGAAAGUGGGGUCGACCAACUAGUUGAAAUUAUUAAGGUUUUGGGGACUCCAACAAGGGAGGAGAUCAAGUGCAUGAACCCAAACUACACUGAAUUCAAGUUCCCCCAGAUAAAGCCACAUCCAUGGCACAAGGUCUUCCAAAAGCGCUUACCUCCGGAAGCAGUAGACCUUGUCUGUAGGUUCUUUCAGUACUCUCCCAAUUUGCGAUGCACUGCUUUAGAGGCUUGCAUUCACCCUUUCUUUGAUGAAUUGAGGGACCCGAACACUCGCCUCCCCAAUGGCCGUCCGCUUCCACCACUCUUCAAUUUUAAGCCUCAAGAACUCUCCGGCAUCCCCCCUGAAGUCGUCAAGAAACUUAUUCCAGAACAUGCUCGUAAGCAGAAUUUAUUCAUGGCGCUGCAUACUUAGCAAACUAGUUCAAGUUUCUUAUUGCUUCUGCCUAGCCCAUCCCACGCCAUUUUGCUAUGUAUCAACAUAUGUAUAAAAAAAAAAAUAACCCCUUGGCUCGUCUCCCAGUCAUGGUUCUACUAAGAACAGAGUGCUUGAAAAACAGAUCUACUCAUUAGAACGACAACGGAGAAAACCCAAGGCUUUGGUUGCUGCUGGUGAAGCUCUGUUUUCGUGGUUUAUUUCUUAAAAAAAAAAAACAAAAAAAAAAGACAAAUUUAUAACUUUUGAUGUAUAUUUAUUUCUGAUCACCCUGUUUUGGGAGGUUUUAGUUGAAAAAAAGAUUAAAAAAUGGUGAGAAUGUAUGUAUUUUUUACCCUGUGCUGAGAACCUUUUUCCCAAGGUGUAACUCUGCUUUCCAUCUUCAGUCAAUUUCUUUUUACCCUUCUAUACAAUAAGAUCGAAAUUACCCUUU